UAAAGGGGGAGGGGGGACGGUCAUGGUGGGCCAGCAGGAACCCCCCUCAAAGACCCCCAACUCUCAACCCCCCGCGUUCUCGCGCAGCCGGGCUCCUGAAAGACAGCUCAACCAAACACAAGCGUGAGAGAGACUCACAGAGAGCGAGAGAGACUCGACAGAGAAGCACACUCCGAGACGGAGAGAGAGAGAGAGAGAGAGAGAGCGCAGAAAGUAAGGGAAGUGGAGCAGGGAGCCUCGGAGGGGGGCUGAGGAGGUGAGCGAAGGGUGAAAAGGGAAGAGAGGCGAGGGAAAGACAAAACAGAGGGAAAUGGCUUCGGAGGAGACCGCUGGAGGAGCUCGCAAAGCCACCAAGAGCAAACUAUUUGAGUUCCUCGUCCAUGGAGUGCGGCCCGGCAUGCCAUCAGGAGCACGAAUGCCUCAUCAGGGGGCCCCAAUGGGGCCUCCAGGACCACCGUAUGGAGGAAGCCCUGCUGUCCGGCCUGGACUCACCAAUCAGGCCAUGGAAGCCAGUCGCAAACGGCCCGCUCCUUCACAGCAGCAGAUUCAACAGCAGCAGGCAGCGCAGAAUCGAAACAGGAAGAAGCCUGUUGGAUUUCCUGGACCAAAUGAGAUGCCAGGGAGACAGAUGGAAAUGAGAGAGGCCCAAACAGAUCCCACACUCGGAUCAAAUGCCAAGAGGAGGAAGAUGGCUGAUAAGAUCCUUCCACAAAGGAUUCGUGAGCUUGUUCCAGAGUCACAGGCGUAUAUGGAUCUGUUGGCAUUCGAGCGUAAAUUAGACCAGACCAUAAUGCGCAAGCGGGUGGACAUCCAAGAGGCUCUUAAGAGACCUAUGAAGCAAAAGCGAAAACUGCGUCUCUACAUCUCUAACACAUUUAACCCUGCCAAGCCUGAAGCAGAGGACUCUGAAGGUAGCAUUGCAUCCUGGGAGCUGCGUGUGGAGGGCAAACUGCUGGAUGAUCCGGGAAAGAUGAAGAGGAAGUUCUCCUCAUUCUUCAAGAGUCUGGUGAUUGAGCUCGACAAAGACCUUUACGGCCCUGAUAACCAUUUGGUUGAGUGGCAUCGUACCCCAACCACUCAGGAGACAGACGGUUUCCAGGUGAAGAGGCCUGGAGAUGUGAACGUGCGCUGCACCCUGCUGUUAAUGCUGGAUUACCAGCCGCCUCAGUUUAAACUGGAUCCACGUCUGGCUCGUCUGCUGGGAAUACACACACAGACUCGCUCCAGUAUCAUCCAGGCCCUCUGGCAGUACGUCAAGACCAACAAACUGCAGGACUCUCAUGACAAGGAGUACAUCAACUGUGACAAGUACUUCCAACAGAUCUUUGACUGUCCACGUCUGAAGUUCUCCGAAAUUCCACAGCGCCUCACCAACCUUUUGCUCCCCCCCGACCCUAUUGUCAUCAAUCACAUCAUUAGCGUCGACCCUAAUGAUCAGAAAAAGACGGCGUGUUAUGACAUUGAUGUAGAGGUGGAAGAUCCCCUUAAAGCACAAAUGAGCAGCUUCUUGCUCUCCACAGCCAACCAGCAAGAGAUUGCCUCUCUGGACAACAAGAUCCAUGAGACUAUUGAGUCCAUCAAUCAGCUGAAGAUCCAGAGAGAUUUCAUGCUCAGCUUCUCCAGAGAUCCCAAAGGCUACAUCCAGGACUGGCUCAAAUCCCAGAGUAGAGAUCUGAAGCUGAUGACAGAUGUUGUUGGGAACCCAGAGGAAGAGAGGACAGCAGAGUUUUAUCAUCAGCCUUGGUCUCAGGAGGCUGUUAGCCGUUACUUCUACUGCAAGAUCCAGCAGAGGAGGCAGGAGCUGGAGCAGGCCUUGGCCAUGAGGAACACCUAGAACUCACACCGACCACACUCAGAAAACAUGGCUCAGUUGUGACAACAUAGCCUCCACAUGGAGGUCCCUGCAUUAUUUUCUGCAGUGUAUGUGGGUUUAUGUGUGUGUCCAGUCAUUAUUGUUGUCACUGUGACCUACAAUCCACCAUAAUGGACCAAUCACACUCUGUUACUCCAACAAGCCCCUGAAGCCCCAUUGUAUAGUACAGUAUGUGCAUUUCAACCAAUCACGGUGCUGUGUCUUCCAUUCCUGGAUGAAAUCAUCUCACAAUGCACUACUGGUUUUUGAUUCCUAUCACAUCCACCAGCAUUUUGAACUUGAUGACUUCAGAGCUGGCUCAGUACACUAGACUGUGGAUCCAAUGUUGAUUCUGCUUUCCUUCCUUUCAGUCAAUUCCUGGUAUUCAAACACAUUUUCCCUGUUCAAUAACGUGUGUUUUGACUCAGGUAUUGAUGAUGUCUCUAAUUUAGUCCACACUUGUACCAGUUUUUUUCUUGGGUAUUGAUCAGAAGGGUCAUUUUGAAUGUCUGUCAGUGUUGGGAAUCAGUGGAGCUACAAUAAUUAUCUCCAUUAGUUACACUUUUAUUUAGAAGUGUAUUUAUGAAGUACUUUGAGGCAGGCAGCUUAAAGAGGAGAAUCAUUCAGUAUUAACUGAACUGGUGGCUUACAGGGUUAUGUCACUCUCUGCUGUCUAUCCCUGCCUCAAUAAUGACAUCUAGCUGCAAUACACUUGAGAGAGAAUGUUUUUUUUUUUUAGGUUUUGAUCAAUUUUCCCUUUUUUUUUUGAUUGAAUUGUGUAGUUGCUGUGUUUUGCCUUUGUAGGACAGUACUGACGUAGUCAUUAGUUCACUUUGAAGGAAUUUGAAAGGUCACAGUUUUUGAGAAGCUUUCACAUUUGAUGAAAAUGGGCCAUACUAGCUAGCAUGGUGUUAUUCAGAAAUAUAAUCUGUUCGUGACAUAUCAAAUACAUUUUCUGGGUCCAAGCCUUUACUUCAUUUGAAGUAAGAAUACAAUCUCACCUGCCGUUUAUUAGCACUGUACAUUAAUGGUACUACUUUUAGCUAAGCUUCCAGUGUACACUACAGUCUCUCAAUCUCUGUCUAGCCAACUGAGAUUUCAGUAUGAACUUAAAGCUUAGGAACAUGAUUUUUCAGUAGAACUAUAGCACACCGUAAGUGUGUAUUAGCACUGUUUGUUGUAUGUUUUUGGGAUCUGAAGAAGCAUCUGGACCCGGAUGUGUCAGACUAGAGCGGAUUAGUCAGAUCAGCAGUCAACUAUCCUUUAUGCUUCACCAAAACCUUUUUUGUGUUCAUGACAUUACCAUGUUCUUGGAGAAGUUCCUCUGAAUCCUGCAUUAUAAUUUUUUUAUCCAUUUCAAUAGUGUUGUUUAAAAUAACAGACUGUGAGCAGUCGUGUUUCUUGCUUAUGUCACCGUUUCAAAGUUAUUUUUAAAGCAUUAGUGUCAUUUGAUGUUUUACCAAAGGUCUAAUUUACUUUUUAAAAAGAUAGUGUGCGUACUUUGACAUGAUGAAGGACUUUUUAAAAGAUGAAGGAUGCAUUUUUAAAGAAUACACAUUUUAAAUUCCCAUUUCUCCAUAGCUGUGAAAACAGUGCUUUUUAAAAUUGCUUUAUGACUCAUAGAGUCUUUGCACUAAAUCGUGGAACAUAACUGAGCGCUCUGAACACUUUCCAAGAAAUGAAGGAUGAACUAGGGAAUAAAUGUUGUGGAAUGUGGAUACUGCCA